GCCAACUUACCUAGCUCAAUGCUCUGCUGCUUACAGUGGUUUGCUGCUUCCUGGCAAACUAAUUUCAUUUGCCCAUCGGCUGGAUGCCACGGUUGUGGGCCACUGUUCCAAAUGCUCUAUUAACCUUGGCCGUUGCUGUCAGCUGUCGCGUGACGUCUGCGAACCAGCCCGACGGUCGGUAAAGUGUCAAAAGACCGUCCGUAGAAAAAAAGAAGAUCAAGAUGGGUUUGGUGGUGCUGAGGAGUGAAAAAUAGUCAAUCCAUCGAUAUCCUUCUUCACAAAGCCAAUAAACAAUUCGGCCAUCUGCAACCGAUGCACUCCGUUACCAACCCAUAGCAGAAGGGAAACGCGCACGCGGUACGCCUGCAGUACGGCCAGCAAAAUGACUGCCAGGGAAAAGGAAAACCAACUGUCCAAGAUUAAGCAGUUCUUCCGCAUAUACAAGCCCGGCAGCGUGUCAAGCUCUCGUCAUGAUUUACCGAUCUCGCCAGAACUGGAACGCGAGCUGCGACCAGAAACUCCAGUUACCCAACGAUGCAAAGCUUUGCGAGACUUUGGUGAACAGGUGAUGACGUCCCGGCUCGAACCGGACGCUGUGCAAUCACUGUGGGAGCUGACAAAGGACUUGCUCGUCGGUAACAAGCUGAUGGAGCAACGCCAGUGUGCCCUGGCCUUCUAUUGCAGGCUCAUACAGGGACAGUACGACAGUCUGGGGAUGAUGCGGGCACAGUUCUAUCGCGUGAUCGAGAGCCACAGCGAACCGGAAGACAUUUCCUAUCGGUUGGAGAUGCUGAAGCUGCUCACCGAGACGGGUAAGAAUAUUCAGCACUUCGAAAAGGAGAUCGGCCCGUUUCUGCUCGAAUGGAUCAAACCGAUCCACGAGGCGGGUCUGAUUGAUUCGCUGCUCGAGCUGAUCGUGAACCUGAUCAAGUACAAUGCCGCUAGCCUGGAACCGAAGUUUCUCGUUGGGGUUGUGUCGUACAUCUUCGACAUGACGUGCAACAAGCAGGACACGAGCACGAUACUGCUGUGUCUGUCGGUGCUGGAUUGUUUCAUCUGUUACGCGAUCAUACCGAACGAAUCGCUCACGCUGUUCAUCAUCAUACUGUGCCGGAUGGUUAACCAGGAGGCAUACUGUCAACACUCUUGGAAGAUUAUGAAGAAUCUCUUCGGUACGGCACUCGGGCAUGCGACGCUGCUAACGAUGUGCAACAUACUGAGCAAUCCGGCCUUCCACCAGGACGAUGCGCUGCUCCGGGGUGCGAUCUUUCACACGAACGUCGGACUGUGGGGCAUAAGUGUUGUGCCGAUACUGAACUGUUCGCCUUCGCUGGUGUUAACCAGCUUUUGGAAUGCACUGAAAAGUAAACACGUGAUUGUUACGUACGAAGUAAUACUAAGCAUGAAUCGGUUAAUACAAAAGUCUGGCAACGAGCUAAACGAACCAACGUGGGAUAUUAUCUGCGAUAUCAUGACGGAGAUUUCGCACAACCUCGCCAUACACCGGUUACCGGCGGAGCAUACGGUCGUUACGCAUUUUCACGAAACGCUCAACAUGGUCGAAACGCUCUUGCAGCAGGGCAUCAUGAACGCGGACCCGGAGAAAGUGUACGCCUUGAUCGAGCACGUGUCUGCCGAACGGCCGGAGGCAUCGGUCCGUCAGCUGAUCGACUAUCGGGCCAGCAAAAUAUCGGCCACCCGGUCGGAAUGGCUGAAGCAGCUGUGCCAGUUUAUGGAUCGGUUCUAUCGCAUGAAGAACAGCAACGUGCGUAUCUAUGCGAUACAAGCCCUCGAACGGAUAAUGGCGGCUAACCGUGCGGCAUACGAGGACGAAAUACUGGAGCGCAUUGUGAUCGUCCAUCUGGGCACCGUACCGCUGGAGAAGGAUGCCGAGGUACGGAAGGCGGUUGCGCGGACACUGAUCGAGUUCACGAUCCACUGUGAAACGAAACGUUGCAUCGAGCUGUUGGAAAUAGUGGAAAAGCUGCUGCACCGUCCGUACGAUGAAAAUCAGGUCGUCCGGUCGGAGCAGGAUGCCGAAGAUAUUAUUCUGCUGGUGGACGGUUUGAUACGGCUGUUUAUCGUGAAGCUGUACCGGUUGCCUUCGUUGCAUGCGAUCCGCGUGUACAGCAUGCUGAUCGGACUGCUCGAACUGCACUAUCAGCGUCCGCACGUACUGGCGAACGUUACCACCGUUCGGUACCGGAUAUUUGCCUGGAUGAUGAAGGCACGCGCCAACGGUUCGUUUCAUAUCGGCUAUCCCGAUCCGGAGGACGGUAAUCGGGUGCGCUUUUCGCACUAUCUAGGCAUUGAAGGGCCGUACCAGCAUCAGAGCCUACAGCCACAACCGUAUCUGUCGAGUCAGUCGACGAGUCAGCUAAAUCUGACCGGUACCGGCGGUUCCGAGGCUGGUUCGAAGGCGAUGGAUCGUAUCCCGGCCACGAACCUUACCACGAUCUCGAUCAAGCGCGGCUGCCAGGUGAUCGUGCUGUGCCUGAAGGAGGAAAAGGACUGGGAAGUGAUACAGCUGGUGCUGACCGAGCUGCCCAGCGUGAUGCAGAACAAGGCACUGAUCCAGGGUAACGAUGUGGAUUCGCUCGCCCGUACGCUUUACCGCAUGUACACCGACAAGAUGCAGCUGGAGAAAUUGCAGCUGCCCGCAAACAUGGUACCGAAGAUGUCCGACUACAUGGAGCUGAUUUUGCCGGCCCUGUCCAGUCUCGCCAUGUACCAUCAGCAUUUGGAUUUUAACACGCAAAAGAACAUCAUUGACGCGUUAAAGCAGGGCCUAAUUUCGCGCCGCCCGCACGAAUGCAUUCGCAUGCUAACGAUCCUGUUGCUCGAGAUGCCCGAGCAGUUGAUGCCGAAGAUGGCUGACCUGCUGCUGGAGUUGAGCAAAAUGACGGGCACGAAGAUGGUCGCACUGCCGGUGCUGGAAUUUCUGUCCACACUGAUUCUCGUGCCGAGCUUCCGGUUCGGCAAUUUUACCAUGCGCACGUACAUGUGUGUGAUGGCGAUGUCGCUACCAUUUACGAACCCGUUCCGGUACGAUCAUUACACCGUUUCGUUGGCGCAUUACGUUGUAGCGGCUUGGUUUAUCAAGUGUAAACUGCCGAUGCGCCACCAGCUGGUAAAGUUUAUCGUGCAGGGUCUCGAAUCGUAUGUGCACGUGCCGUUCCAGGAUGGUUCGCGAGCGUUCUCGCAGGUGAACGAAGAUUCGUCCGAGCGCAAGCGUAGCUCCAGUCUUACGGAGCAAAGUUCGCGUCGUCGCGAUCGCAUCCAGCAGCAGGCACAGCAACAGAAGCAAUCCCAGCAGCAGCAACAGCAGCAGCAGCAACAACAACAGCAGCAGUCGGGCCAGCGAGCACCGGGCGCUGGUGUUGCAUCGUCCAACGCGUCCGGAUCGACCGUUUCCAUCGCGCAAUCAUCGGCCCAGCUGCCCUCACAGAAGGUAUACUCGAUUUCGCCGCUCAAUGACGAUAUGUAUCGGUUCCACUGUGAGCUCGCGGAUACGUGCGUUGACUUUAUGGUGCGCCACACGUUUUCACCCUGCUCCGGUAUCUCGAAACGCUUGCCAUCGGCGGAAUUUUUGCUAUCGGGCGGUCAAUCAAUGACCUGGCUGGUUGGGCACGAUCUGAUCACCAUCACAACGAGCGGUUGCUCGGGUGUUACCUUCCGGAAUGGGUUGUGCGAUCGGUGCCAUCAGUAUUGCCAGUCGGUGGCAAAUAAUGGCAGCAGCGGACCCAGCGUCGAUCCGGCGGGUGCAAAAAUGGUCGCGUAUCAGCAGCAGUAUCAGCAUCAGCCCAACACACAUGCACUGUUGUCGAAGUCCAAUAGCAGUGCCAGUACUGCAACUACCACCACGACGAUCGGUGGUGGACAACCGCUUUCACCCGAACCACCGUUUAGCAGUGCCUCAUCCGGUAAAGAUUCCGGCCUAUCCGGGAUAGGGCUAGGAGCAACGGAUGGUGGUGUGGGUGGUGGUGGUGGUGGUAGUGCGACCACUGUCAAAAGCUUGUAUCCCACCGACAAUGGAGCAGCCCCGAUGACGCCCGCGUCGGCAUCGACGUCGAAUAAAAGGUAUACCAAAGCCAGUUUGCAACACAGUAGUGCAAAUGAAUCCGACAGCACCGAUCUGACGACGUCCAGUUCGACCUCAUCGUCGACGGCGGCUACUCCAUUCCCAACGGCACCCCACUCCGCCCAUGGGCCCGUGUCCGGUGGUGGACUAUCGGCUACCGGUACCACUGCCGCCGGAAAUCGAUUCUUUCGCCAGGGUUCGCAGGAAGGUUACUCCUCCGGUUCGCUGGAAGCUUUAUCGCGCCGCGGAAGUAAUCCCGAUUCGGCAGAUCCUACGAUGGGUCCGGCUAUGGGUGGAAUGGGUUCGGCUGGUGGAGAACUACAGCUACAACGCACCAGCUCGCUAGUAGCACCGAGAGCACCGCCAGGUUUAAUGGCCACCAUCGGAAAUCGGUUGAUACUGCCCCAGCAGCUAAGCAGCUCACUGACCGGUGGUUCAUCCUCAUCGUCCGGUAUCGGGUUCGACAAGCCGGUACAACCGUGCGCUUGUGUGUGUACCGGUUGGGCAGAAGUAUGCGUUCGCCGACCGACCGGCUUUACGUCGUGGAUUACGCGCAUUCAAACGCAAGUAACACACGACAUACUCGGUGGUGAUGUAGCGUUACAGGAUCUUACAUCACUGUUCUCACCGAGCGUCGGCGGGGGAGUGGUCGGUUCGGAUUACCUAGCAAUAGUUGCUGGCGCACAGCAACCGUACAGCACCGAUGGGAUCACACCGUUCGGUAGCAGUGCCGACAUUCCAUCGGCGACGAUGGUUGAUCGAUUAGCUGCUGGUCCUUCAUUUACAUCCGACGGUGAGCCACAACCAUCCAACCUCGGUAGUGCGGAACAGGUCAACACUGUACCGGCCAAUGGUUCCGUGCAACCGGCCACCGUUAAUCAGCACACGCGUGCAAAAGUGUCCAUCUCGGACGAAGUGUUUGAGAUGGCAAAGAAAGCGGAUCCGAAGAAGAAACCGUCGGUAGAGGAGGAACACGAACAGAGCGAGGACGAGGAGUUGAAGAAUGUUCUCUCGGGAGGUGUGGAGGGUGCAUCGCUUAGUGGUGGCGGAUCGGGCCCUAUUAACAUUCCCGGCAAGCAGUCGAACACCGCACUCGCUUCCGACGAUGAGGACGACGAGGAUGACGAUGAUGAUGUGGAUGAUGACGAUGAUAGUGAUGAGAAUGGACGAAGGAUACGGUACGACGGUACCGAGGGUGUUAUGUUUGAUGAUACGGAGGGUCGCACGCGUAAAUCGGUCCGAAGAGUCAACUCCAGCCCGGAGAUACGCACCAAAUGGAACAGUCAGUUUAUGAGCAAAGCGAAAGAGAACGUCGGGCAGCAGGAUACGGGCGGUAUGGUAUCGGCUACCGGUGGAGGUGAGCCGGGACUAGCUGUAGUAACAGCGACCGGUAUAGGACCGAACACGGAAGCCGCCGUGGUAGAGAAGAAAAAAUCCACCUACGGUAAAGGCGUAAGCUGUGAGGCAAUUCCGGAAGAAAUAGCCGGUUCAACGCCACCGCCACCGACGGCCCUGCGAAUGCAAAGCAAUUUGCCCGCGUCACAGACGGUAGCACCACCGACCGUCCGUGGUACGGUUACGGCAAAGCAUCAGGCCGAGUUCAGUGCGAAUAAGGCGACAGCGAUCACUACCUCGCUGCCGGAAUCGAACACCCUGGAACCGAUGCCUGCCUCAAUGGUGGCACCACGCAAACAACACUCUGCGGACGAUGCAACACUGGCGACGCGUACCCUGACCGACGGUGGUGCAGCAUCAUCGAACGAAGCCAUUAACACACAAAGCUCUAACGCGACUGGCAACCAGAUGAUCACACCGAUCGCUAUGCACCCGAUCACGCAAACGUCCUCCUCGUCGGCUCUCAGUCUGAAGCUACCGAUGGAGAAGGUAACGAGCAAACCGCCCCAAUCGCCCGUACCCCUUUCGCCCCGCCUGAUUGCUCGAAACACAACCAACCUGAAGCAGUCCAGUUCUGGGACCGCUUCACCCUCGUUUCCGGCGAUGGGUGGUUCUGGUAUUGGCGGUGGACUGCUCGGGAUGGGCGGUGGUAGUAACGAAAGCGACAAUCUGCCACGCGGUCGCUCCAAAACCAUUUCCACCGUGCGGGAGCACUAUUCGCGCGAUGGUUCGAAGUGGAGCGCUGCGAACGUGUCGCGGAUGCGCAACGAGCACAUCAACCGGACCGUGGUCAGUCCGAGCUUUGUCUUCCUGCAGCUGUACCAUCACGGCCAGUUCGGUAGCGAAUGUCCGCUGCUGAUGGACAAAGAUCCGGAGAAGGCGAUCGCACUGCUCGAUCUGAUACCGCCGUUCGAGAUGCACAAGAUUGGCGUGCUGUAUGUGGGCCCGGGCCAGGCAGGGAACGAGACGGAGAUUUUGAAAAACCGGUACGGUAGCCUGCGGUAUGCGGAGUUUCUGAGCAGCCUCGGCACGCUGGUCGCGAUCAAGGACGCCAAAGAGAAGAACAUCUUCAUCGAUCUCGAAAGCAACGGUAAGGACGGUGUGUUCACGUACAUCUACCAGGAUGAUAUCGUGCAGCUAACGUUCCACGUUGCGACCCUGAUGCCGAACAAGCGGCAGGAUCCGCACUGUAACGAGAAGAAAAAGCACAUCGGGAACGAUUUCGUCACGAUCGUGUACAACGAGAGUGGGGAAGAGUAUGAUCUGAAAACAAUACGGGGUCAGUAUAAUUACGCGUGCGUAAUUGUGGAGCCAAUCGAGCUUAACAGCAAUCGCGUAUUCAUCCGCUCGAAAGACGACAUCGCCCAGCAUGUGACGCGCGAUACGAAAAUUGUCUCGGAUCAUACGGCACCAUUGCUGGCCCGCCAGAUGGCACUGCAUGCGAACUUGGCAUCACUGGUUGCCCAAUCGCUGAAGACGAAAAAUUCCAGCCCGUACGCCUCGAACUGGCUGGAACGAUUGCGCAAGAUCAAAAACAUACGCUCCCGGUAUGGACAGCAGCAGGAGGAUCAGCAGAAGCAGCAACAGCAGCUACAGCAGGGCGGUGGUGGCUCGGCAAACGAUCUCAGUUCGGCUGCCAGCAGUGCAAACAGCGGCAUCAGCUAUCGUGUGGACGACUUUUCCAAGUACACCGUCUGAGCCAAAAGGAUCGUCCGAGCGGGGCACCGCAGAACAAUUGUUAUACAUAUUCCUAUUGUUUGUUUUUUUUCUAUAUUGGAAUCCAUUUUCUCUCUUUCUCUCUAUCCUCGUGCCCAUAAUUGUAAACCUUAUAACCGCAUUAUGCCGAUCGACCUGUGUUGUGUGCGCGCUGUCAUUACCAUUACCUAUACUGGCCCGGCUGCGUAGUACCUUAUUGCUGGCGUGAUAGUGCAUCGUUACGAGCUGUGCAAUGGGCAAAAAAAACGGGUGCUACGUGUCGGAAGGUUCUGUGCGCUUUAUGGUAACAGAUUAUGUUGCUUCAAAACUCCCUUAUGUGCUUUUGUGCUGGGCAUUAUGAGAGAUUAGUAUCCUUGUUGUCGAACAGGUCAGAUUUGUUUUGUUUGGCAAAACAUCUGGAAUUUCUGGCAAAACAAAAUUGACCAAAAGACACAUGGCGAUGGCGAUUACUAUCCACAGCUUAACAUACAUACCGUAACUCUUAUUCUCGAUUGCUGCAACCCUUUAGGAGAGAACAAAAAAGCAUGAACUGAUACGGGAGAUACGGCGACUGCAGCUGAUGACAUAAUAUCAAUAAUGUUUGCAUACUUGUUAUCGUACAAAUAAUAAAGAAGAUAUAAAAAAUGCUUUUCGAAAGGCCACCUCAUCACCAAGCGAUUGAAUAUAUUGAGAAAGCAAAGGCGCCAUGGUGAUCUCCUCAUGUAGUGGUAGCUAGUAAGGGUCUUUCAUAUGAUAGAACCGGUACCAGAUCCCUUCUGGACUGUUUCGCAGUAGCAAGAAUCGAUAAUCCGGCUAGGUGGCAAAAAAAAGUUUUGGAAACCAGAUCUGGAAGACAAGAGUUAGGAGGUCAUUACGUUAAGAAAAAGCGAAGUCAGGUAAUUCGAUAACCUCGUAUCUCGGUGUUUGGUCUAAUACGCACGGAGUUCGUGGAUUAAAACCCAACUCCUUGCAGCCAGUUACGUGAUGGAAAUAAGUCUAGUACAUGACCUUCAGGAUUAGGUUUUUAAAUCAAGUAAAAUUGUUCCUAUAUUUUUAAGUAUGAAUUGUUAAAGAAUUUUUGUGCAAUUUGAAUUAAAGUUGUUGUAAUAUUUUUUUUAAAACGA